AUGACUCGCGGAAGCAUCACCUGCGACACUAGUGUCCCAAAAACACCGACGACGGAGCCAACACCGUCCACGCUGACAACCUCGGCCGAUUUCAAGACCCCUAAACCUCCUCUUACCUCGCAGACAACUAAAUCUCCACGUAGCCCAUCAAGCAAACUCUCGUUUCACGAGCAGCGGCGAAAAUCGUUCUUGGAACAUCUGAAACGAUGGCACUUGAGCCACGAAUCGAGUAAUUUCUUUCAAGGAAAACUCAGCCUACUACCUUCUGAGCCUGAAUACAACGAAAACCUCGAAUUGGGUAGAAGUGUAACUUGUAUUUUGACAGAUUCGAGUUUUACGGACUAUAGGAAGACGGUUGCUAUUAAGCUUUUUGGACCGCAAAAGGACAGCGUAAACGGCAAGACAAGAGAAUUGGGACGGGAUAUCAAGAGUAGGAGCAUGGCUUUACUCAGCAGCGAGAUGAAGCUCGCGGAGGACAAGAAAGAGGAGGCAUGGCCGUCACCAGAAGCCAUAUCCGGCUCUUCGAACAGCUACUACAACCUCGUCAUCCGCUUCGGCUCAGGAUGGCUCUCAGCACGCGACUACUUCAACAGACUCUACUUCCGACACCUCGCUGCCCGCUUGCCAGGCCGGAGUAGCCACUGCGUCGCCAACACAGCCGACUACGUCUUCCGCGUCCGCUCCCAAGCACUUGGCCCACCACCCUCAAAACGAGACACAGUACCCAUCCAGCCACUCUUCAACCAAUUUCAACGCCUACCCACCGAACUCCAAGAAAUGAUCCUCAUGACCGCCGCCGGACUUACCCGGGACUACGACCUCACCAACGACGCGCGCAGGAACUGUGCCAGAGCAUCCGAAAGAGCCAUCAGUUUAUCAACCCUACUACGCAUCUCACGCGGCAUUCACGAUACUAUGCGACCAUACAUAAUGCGCAGCACGACCUUCCAUUUCGGCCUCAGCGGAACGACAAACUUCCUCUGGCAAUGCGGCCCGACUUGUCGUCCCCACAUUAAACGCUUGGCCUUCCAUUUCGGGAAGAAUGCUUUGCUUCAUUGCGUGCGCUGGUUAGCCUCCGAUGCGAUUUUCGAGUUUCUAGAGCCGCCGCAGCCGAAUGGCGGGACUGGGUUACCGCUGUUUUGGCGCUGUCAGUUGAGAGCUCUUGCCAAGGAAUUGCAUUUACGCGAACUUGUUAUUGAUGUUGAGGGGAUUCCGAAGGCGGAUGUUGCUAUGGUGGUUAGGGUUAUGAGGGAGGCGUUUGGGGGUGUGGAGAGGGUGAAGUUUGUGGAGGGGUCUCCGCCGGGGAAGACGGAGGUUGUGGAUAUGAAGGAUGAACGAUUAGCGGAUUUGGGCAAGGAGUCUUGGAGGGAGUUGGUCAAGGGGUAUAUUGCGAGGUAUGAGCGUCAAAUCGGGUGGCAUAAUUGGCAUUUUAAGAUGGAUUUGGUGGGCUUGAAGGAGCAUGAGCUUAAUGCUUUGAUGGAUAAGGAGGCGGAGUUUUUUGAUAGUUGA